CGUAUGAAGUACUAGUUAAGCAUACUGAUCUUAAAAGCAUUCGAAAAAAUUGUUGUCCCGCCCUCAAACGCCAUUUGAAAAAAGGUUAAGUCUACGCCAUCUUGUUUUCUCAAGAUCGCAGAACAACAAUGGCACAGGACAUGGAACUCCAGGUAGCUCCCGGCUCCAUUAAUGCAUCUCUCAUCUUCCAUGUGGUAUCUGAUGUCUUAGCCUUCCUCCUCUAUAUGCACCAGCAAAUUCCUUCGAUGCUGCAGGAUAUGACUCUUCAAUUUGAUGCUCUACAGGCCGAAUACAAGGAAUUGGUAUAUUACGCGGUGCUCCUUACACAGAAUGAACUCAAUGGUAAAUCUAGAAGAAAGAGCAUUGGCAGGAAAAGAGAGAUCAAUUUAGAGAUUAGAAGAAGUGAAAAACUGAUGAGCACAAUAUCUGGUCUUCAGACUGCUCUUGAGCUUCUGAUCCGUGAGGUUCCCAAUGUUGAAGAUAUUAUUUUUGCUUUUGGAGCUAACCCGAGAAGGCCACAACAUGUUUACGAAAUUUCAUUUUCUCAUGGAAGGAUGCUCCCCUUAGUCUCCGAACAUAUAACCAGAAACCAAACAAUAGAGGUUAUCUCGAGGAAGGUUAUAAGGGCAUUGAUCUCUAAAGGUGUGGGAACGACCUCCUAUACAGGUCCUUCUAAGUUGUUUUUUUUGGUAAAGGCUCCAGCGUCAUUCAAUAUGCCUCUGCAUUUCCUACCAAAGCGUGACUUUCAGUUCUCAAAGAAGAUAGUGCCUCUCAGGCUGCGCCUUAGACCCAGAAUUUCUCAUAAAGAAAUGGAAACAUAUGAUGUCCCAGAUGCAAUUUCUGUCUGCAAUGAGAAUCAUGUAAGCGGUGAUUUUACAUGGUUUCAAUGCCGGUAUGUGAUCAAGGGUAUUGUCAUAAGAAAUCCUUCACCAGAAGAAUAAAUAUUGAUGAGGAUUUAUAAUCGGUAUGUAGUCCAGGUCUCUCCAAUUGUAUGUUGUACAACCAUAAAUCUUUUAGCAAGAAUAAGAUUCGAGGCCAAUACUCUUCUCUGCUUAAUUCCGUAGCUCCUAUAGCGUGCAGUCUAGUCGGUAUUGUGAAGUCAUGUACAUGAUAUAGGUAAAGAGAAGAAACAUAAAAUCAGCCACAUUAUUAUGCAUUGUGCAUGUAUGCAUUUGUAGGAUCUAGUUGUUCAAAUACUCAAUUGUGUCCCUCAAAAUAGAGUUCUUGUCCAUUUUGGCUACACCUAUUACCUCAAAAUUAUGAAACUCUCAUAAGGUUGGCGGACAGAUGCGAGGCUUUGUAGGACUUGAUGGCCUGAGCUGCCAUUCUCAUUGUUCCGUUGAUGCUGCUGCUUAGAAUAUUGCAGGAAAGGAAGUGUGAAAAGGAUGUAUUUAAGAAGAAAUCGGGAGCUGUUUAUGCCUUCUAGCAUGACCAUGAUCUCCAGAUGGAGAAGGCGGAGAAUUUUCAGGCCGAAGAGGAGGAAACAAAUGAGGUUAUAGUACAAAGGUCUGCCCAGCAGCUACAUUGGUGUUGGAGGAUGAUAUAAACUGUUUGAGGGUAGUGUGUCCUCAUUCAUUGCUUUCUUUUUUUCAAUAACAGAAAAUCUAUUAUUUUGUUAUUAUGAUACAAGUAUUAAACUCCCUAUGGUUUUGAAAGAUUGCAACAUUUUGAUCAAUAAAAGUCCUACAUAAAAUGGUC